AUGAUUGACUUUAACCAAUUCUCAAUUCCCAUCAACUACUCAACCAUCCUACUCUUCAUACCAACACUCACUGCAAUCCUAAUCGCCUAUCUACAACACAAAAACCUAAUCACUUCUCCAUUUUCUCAACCUAAACCAUCAACCAAAACCAAACCAAACCAAAUAGAAAAAGCAAAAGCAAAAUGUGAAAAUUGUUUAAAUGAAAAACCAAUUCAAGAAUUAAAAACAUGUUCAAGAUGUAAAGAAAUCUCAAAUCUAUCAAUUUAUUUUUGUAAUCAAUCUUGUCAAAGAUCGAAUUGGAAAUCACAUAAAUUAAAUUGUGGUCAACUUAAAAACCUUUUGAAGGUUAAUGAAAACUUACCAGAUGGGAUUUCGUCUAGAGAUCAAUUAGAACAUUUACUUGGGAAUUGGUGUGAAUUCCAUCGACAUUUACUAAUCUUUUCAACAAUCCAAGCUCUAGAAAUCCCAAAACACCCGCUCAAUUCUCUCCAAAACCUAUUCUUAAUUUCCAUCAAUUUCAAUCCAAACCAAACCAACCAAACCAAAGAAGAUGAAAUCCAUUCAAGAUUCUCAUUAGAUUUCUUUCAAGUUCUUCAUUCGAAAUCAUUCCUAGAAAUCAAUCCAGCUAUGAAUUCAGCUUUUGAAGAAAUCGAUUCGAUUCGUUUUAAAAUCAAACAGAAAGGUGGAACGGGUGUUGCUAUGCUUUUAGUUAGAUGUGGUCCUGUUGUACAAGUCAUUCCGGUUGGUUUACCUUCUCAAAAUGAUUUGAAUUCGGUCAAGUAUGAAAAAGAUUGGAAAGUUCAAUUUGAAAAUUCAAUUAAAGCUGGAAUAAAACUAAAUCCACUUCCUAAACCUAUUACUCAAAAGUGA